AUGAGUUGCAGGUCCAAACAGACUAUGAUGUACACCAAGGGGAGAAACUCCAGUAAUAGCUGUGGUGGAAUAAGGGUAGUUUCAGGAAUCCCCGGGAGAGGGGCCUCCUCUGUUGUAAGUAGUGUUGGAGGUGGUGUAUCUGGGAGGACCUUUUCCAGUGGAGCUUCCUAUGGAGGGGCAAGUUGCACUGAUGGUGGCUUUGGAGGAAAUAUGUUAGGGAGCUACUUGUAUGGUUCUGGGGGCACUUUUCGCUUUGGGCAAAUUGGUGGUGGCUUUGGCAAUGAUACUCCCUUGAUUUCCUGUGAUGAGAAGAUGACCAUGCAGAAUCUCAAUGACCGCUUGGCCUCUUACUUGGAGAAAGUGCGACGCCUUGAGGAGGAGAAUGCUGAGCUUGAAAGCAGAAUUAGGCUGUGGUAUGACCGACAAGGCCCACCAUCUGAGCUAAAGGAUUAUAGCUCUUAUUAUCAACAAAUUGAAGAGUUGAAGAAUCAGAUUGUUUGUGCCUCAGUGGAUAAUAGUAAGCUAAUCCUGGAUAUUGAUAAUAACCGCAUGACUGCUGAUGACUUCAGGUUGAAGUAUGAAACGGAAUUGGCUCUUUGCCAAAAUGUGGAAGCUGAUAUCAAUGGAUUGCGCCAGGUUCUGGAUCAACUGACCCUUUGUAGAUCUGAUUUGGAGGCACAACUUGAAUCUCUCCGGGAAGAGCUGUGCUGUAUCAAGAAGAACCAUGAGGAGGAAAUUAAGAGUCUGAAGAGUCAAACUUGUGGUGAUGUUAGUGUGGAAGUUAACUCUUCCCCAGGUCCAGAUCUGAAGAAAGUUCUGGAAGAAAUGAGAUGUCAGUAUGAAACCAUGAUUGAAAACAACCGCAAAGAAGUUGAGCAGUGGUAUGAACGCAAGAUGGAAGAAGUGAAUCAGGAGGUCUGCAUCAGUAGCAAAGAAGUUGAGGAUUGCAACAAUCAAGUUGUUGACCUAAAACGUCAGCUGCAAACCUUGGAAAUAGAUUUGCAGGCUCAGCUUUGCUUGAGGGAAUCACUGCAAGACUCUUUGGGUGAGACCGAAUGUCGCUAUAAUACCCACCUGGCUGAAAUACAGAACCAGAUCUCUUGUGUGGAACAGCAACUGGCAGAGUUGAGGGCAGAGAUGGAGUGCCAGAAUCGAGAAUACAGAGAACUUCUAGAUGUCAAGUGUCGCUUGGAACAGGAGAUCCAGACCUACCGCUCCCUGUUAGAAGAAGGGCAGCAAGACAUUAGUACUCCCAGCAGCACCACUUCUGGAGGGGGACAUUCCAAACACUCAGGAGGAGUGAGACUCCUCUCUCAUUCUUACAGUAGCUCUAGUUCAAGCCAGGUCUCCCCGUCGGAUCUGAAAGGUAAGGGGGGGGGGGGGGAAUCACAGUGUCCCUAUAUUAAAGAUGGGAAGUAAUCCUUAAAACAAACAAAUGUUUUGCUAUAAAUGCAAAAUUGAAAAAUGAACCUUUCUUGGAAAGACAAUACAAGCUAUUUUAGCUAAGCUUUGGCCUAUUCAAUCCUUCUAUUGUCCCUACAGAUUCUGCAACCAUUAAUGCAAUCAUUCUUAUUUCAUUAAUUCUAUUAGACUGAUAUCCAGACCUGUUCCUUUGAGCCCCUGAUUAAUUCAGGCAUAGAUUAACCAUUAUGGCUCGGUCCCUCAUUUAUCGAGAUUUAUUAAGAUUGUUCUGUCCCAAAUGUAUCUGAACUUGUUCUGAGUGAACAUGUAACAGCAAUGUGUAUAUACUCAUUCCAGUUCCUUGUUUUUACAGCGCAUUUAUACUUAUUCAUUAAUAAAUCUGAUCAGAUUAAUCAGAUUAAUAAAUAAUUAAUAAACUAGCUUGUAUCCCCUGCCAUUUUUUUUCAUAGUUCAGGAAGGAUCUUUUACAUUAUCUGAACAACUUCCAUGUUAAGAGGGCAGGCCAUAUUUAUUAAUUUGAGAUGUUUUCAUUUCUACCCACAAAAUUUUCUAUUUUUUCUUUCCUUUCUCUAGGAUACAGCAGAUGAAUGAACAAUAAGAUCUUCAACUAAUGUAGGCUUCGCAACUCUAUUCUAUACUGCACACUGGUUUAUAACAGUUAGAAAAAGAGGAAUCUUACCUCUAGUUAUUGAACACUGUUCAUGGCAUCAAUGGACUGUCUUUUAACUAGCAGAUUUAUCCUCUUCUCAAGUUUAGAUAUGGCCAAUAACCUGUGCACUAAUUUCUGUGGUGUUGCUCUUGGACAUUCCGCUGAAAAUGGGUUUUCAAUAAAACUGUGCUUCUAGCAGAUGCAAAUCAAACCUAUGUCUCUGUGUCAUGCACUUAUAGAUAAGAAGCUCUGUUUGUCCUUUCUGAAACAGAUUCCUAUGUAAUUGAUUAUUAAAAUGGCAAAACAUGAUCAAUGAAAGUUAUCUAAACAUUAGAAUAUUUGCCAGUAUUUGCUAUUUAUUUCUUCUAGAAGAAAGGAAUAUUAAUUCGUGGAUUAAUUAAUCCUGGAUAGCUAGUCAUUGGGGCCAGGUAACUGUGAACAGCUUUUGGGAAAUCAAAUAUAUAUUCUAGGAGGGCUCAGUGGGAAUAUUUACUUUAUGUAUUCAUUAUACAAAUUUAUACAGCCACCCAACUCACAUGUAAGUGACUCUGAGCAGCUUACAACAUUGAAAAAUCCACCAUGUAAUAAAAACCCUUAAAAUCCCCACACAACUCUCAACAAGCAACAACAACACAAUCAAAUCAGUCAGUUGAUCAGCUCCAUUUUAAUGUGCGGUUCUUAGCCUACUGACAAAGCCACGUUUUUAGGAUUUUUUGGGAAGGCAAAGAGGAGGUGGUUGACCAUAUCUUGGGAAUGAGAAGGCCCUUUUCUUGCGGGCCUUCCCUAAUCGAUGCGACCGGUAACAUGCACUGCCUUCCUGUAUUGGUGGGCUAAGUGGAUAUAGUUGGUGGUGGGGGAGAGGUGAUCCUUUAAAUACCCUGGCCUUCUUAUAAAAUAUAACACUACUUGUGGCAGAUGGUUAGGGUUGACAUGUCCACAUUUCAGAUUUCUCACACUCAGGCUAUAUGGGGUACAUUAUGGAAAAUUUAGCUAGCUAUUCACAUGGAGACCUUGUGUAAAAUCCCCAAGACUAGAGAGGUAAACAAUUUAAGAUUACUGUACCCCGUGCGGCUCUUAGUUUACUUAGUUUACUUUCAAGAUCUCUCUGCAAGGAAUCAGAGCUCUAGUAAAGCUCUAUUUUUCUGACCCCUUUUUUCUGCAAGUGUUGAGUCCUGAGUAAGUCCUCGGACUUACGAAUGACAGCUCGGCAACAGCCAGGUGCGCCUUAGCCAAUCAGGCACGACCUGCACGUUGCCGAGCUG